UCUCUGCCUGCUUGCUGUCCAUCUCCUGCUCGCCGCUGCCGCUCCAUGCCCCCCGCCGACAACCUCGACGGCAACGCCUGCCACGCCCACGCCUGUGCGCUGCAGUCGUGCAUGCAGAAGACGCUCAACCAGGACAAGUGCCAGCACCUCGUCACCGAGCUCUACCGCUGCUGCGCGCGCUUCUACGUCGCAAAGGGCCCCCGGGCCGAGGCCGACGGCUGCCCGCUGCUGCCCGUCGUGCGCCGCAAGCUCAAGGCUGUGGGAGAAGAGCACCUGCUGGACCGCGUGCCGCAGCAGUAAAGGCACUGCGAGCCGACCGCGUCAGGAGCCGCCGCCGCUGUCUGCGCACCCGACGAUCGUCUCAUCACACAAGCCGCGGCUUAGCCCCGCCACCAGCGUCACCUCUCAUCGACUGCUACUCCAGUCAUCUUUCUCCAGCAUGUCCUCGCCGACCACCUCGGGCGCCUCGGCCGCUGCAUCCGCCGCGGCCGACGCGCGCCUUCGCGCAGCAGCAGCACUGCGUGAUACCGCCACUGGCGGCCUGGACGAGUCAGCAUUCAAGCUCAAGGUGAAGCGCAUCGUGGACAAGGAGAUCUGCGCCAGCGCGAGCUCCGAGGUGGCGUCCAAGUGCAUGCGGCUCUUCCACACGCUGCUCUCCAACAUCGUCGAUCACCCGACCGAGGGCAAGUUCCGCGCCUUCAAGACCGAGCAGCCGCGCAUCAAGCGCGAGCUGCUCUCGGUCUACGGCGCCAAGGACCUGCUCGUGCUGCUCCUCUUCCGCACGCGCACCGCCGAGUUCAAGGAGGAGUGGUACUUUGCCGAGACCUACCAGCCCGGCUGCGAGGCGUGGCGCAAGCUCGAGCUGGCGCGCAGCGCUCUGGGCGAGUAUGCGCGCGUCAAGGAGGAUACGGCGGAGCGGCUGCGCGAGAUCGCUGAGCGUGAGAAGGUGGCCGAGCAGACACGUGUGGCACGCGCGAUGGCAGCAGCCGAGGAGGACCGCGAGCGUGUGCGCCAGCGAGCAGAGCGCGAGAAGCACGCGCGUCAGGCUCGUCAGAGCGCCGCCGCGGCACAGGCUCAGGCUGCGGCGCAGCAGGGCGGCGAUCCGGCGAGUGAGCAGGCCAAGGCGGAGCCUGCCGAUCACAAGGGCUACAGGCCCGUCGGCCACUACGACGAGGACGAGGAAGAGGGCAGCGACGAGGGCAGCGAGCCGGACUUUGGCACGGGCGCGGGCCGCAGGCUGGGCGACUGAGCAAUGACACCAUACGAUUAGCCAUCUACCGGUCCUCGGCGCGCCCGCGCGGCCGCUCUGCGUCUACGUCAGAGACGGUGCCGCCUGCUGGCAGCGCAGCCGUCUCGUUGUCCACUUGCCGCGAGAGCAGCGCGUUGUCUGCGAGGCCCACGGCCACAAAGGAGAGCUGAGCGCGGGUCAGCUUCCGCAGAGGUCAGCGCGUUGCCGGCGCACUCACCAGCACCAUGACGCUGCCAGCGUCAGCCUGCAGGCCGCCCGAGUGCGAGCCGCGCGCAAUGUCGCCCAGCAUGGCGAGCGGGAUCGUGAGCGACAGGCCCACGGUCGCGAUCAGCGGCGAGCUCUUCAGCAUGGCCAGCAAGUAGGCGAAGUCGCUGAGGCACGCAGUAGAGUCAGCGGCCGCCGCACCCGACGCGAGACAGCGCACUCACGAGACAAACGUGAUGCACAUGUUGACGCCGAU